CCCCCCAAUCCCUGGCGCUGCUGAGUCCGGGACAUCUGGGAAGGGAGAUGAGCCCAGCAGAGUCGCCCCAAUGCCACCAGCCCUGGGGGUGCAUUGCAGUGAGGACGAGACAGAGAUCGGUGAAGAUGGACUCCCCCAGAGGACUGUGGGAAGUGUGGAGGCUUCAUCCCAAUCCUGCACUCCGAGAGGAGGACCAGGAGCCCCACAUUCUACAAGAUCUCACACGUCCCCAGGAGUCUCUGCCUAGCUCGGAGAGGCGUGAGAGGCAGCGGGGCAGGGCUGACUUGCCCUGGGAGCCUGGCAUCCAGGCACCAGUAACGUUCGAAGAGGUGGCCGUGUAUUUCACCGAGGAGGAGUGGCGUCUCCUGGAUGAAAGGCAGAGGCGGCUCUACAGGGAUGUCAUGCUGGAGAACUACACCAACGUCAGCUUCCUGGGAUUCCUGGUCCCCAAACCGGCCGUGAUCUCCCGGAUGGAGCGAGGAGAGGCGCCGUGCGUCCCGGAUCUCCAGGGCUCUGAGGGGAGGGAGAUCCCAGCAGGUGCCGGGAUGGAGAGUGAGAAUCCCCAGCAGAGAGUGUAUCUGUGCGGGACAUUCCUCUGGAGAUUGCAAGAGGACGUAUCCCAGAAUCCUUUAGGAGCAGAUCUGCGCGGGCCGUUUUCAGGGCGAUCCAAAGAGGACAUAUCCGAGCAUCCCUUGAGAGGGGAUCCACACAGGCUGUCCUCCACCCCGCGGCCCAGAGAAGCCCGUCCAGAGGCAGGAGUAGGGAGCCAGCUGGGGCUGUCCGGGGCCCCCCGACGAGGGGAGCGGCCCACUAUCUGUGGCGAGUGCGGGAAGGGCUUCCUGCAGAACUCGGACCUGGUGAAGCACCUUCGCACCCACACGGGCGAGCGACCCUACAAGUGCGCCCAGUGCGGGAAAAGCUUCACCCAGAGCUCGGCCCUGACCCAGCACCACCGCACCCACACAGGCGAGCGCCCCUACCCCUGCUUCCAGUGUGGGAAGUGCUUCACCGAGAGCUCGACCCUGGCCCAGCACCGGCGCAUCCACACCGGCGAACGGCCCUACCGCUGCCACCAAUGCGGCAAAGCCUUCAGCCUCAGCUCCACCCUGAAGAAGCACCAGCGCACCCACACCGGUGAGCGGCCCUACAUUUGCGAGGCGUGCGGGAAGAGCUUCGGGGAGAGCUCCCACCUGGCCAACCACCAGCGCAUCCACACCGGGGAGCGGCCCUACCGGUGCAAGGAGUGUGGACGAGGCUUCAACCACACCUCCACCCUCUUCAAGCACCAGCGCACCCACACCGGCGAGCGGCCCUACCGCUGUGGGGACUGCGGCAAGGCCUUCAGCUGGACCACGGCCCUCAAGCAGCACCAGCGGAUCCACACGGGUGCCAAGCCGUACCGGUGCGGGGAGUGCGGCAAGACCUUCAGCUGGAGCUCCACCCUCAACCAGCACCGGCAGGUGCACUCCGGGGAGAAGCACCACGUGUGCCCCGAGUGCGGCCGCGCCUUUGCCCGCAGCUCCCACCUGGUGCAGCACCGGCUGGUGCACUCGGGCGAGAAGCCGUUCAUCUGCCCGGACUGCGGGCGCGGCUUCAGCCAGAGCUCCAACCUCACGUCCCACCAGCGCACCCACACUGGAGAGCGCCACUACCGCUGCUAUGACUGCGGGCGGGGCUUCUUGGAGCGGGCGGCGCUGGCCGAGCACCAGCAGGGCCAUGCCGGGCAUCGGCCCUACACCUGCGGGCAGUGUGGCAAAGCCUUCGGACAGAGCGCCAAGCUGGCCCAGCACCAGCGCAUCCACACCGGCGAGCGGCCCUUCCGGUGCGAGGAGUGCGGCAAAGGCUUCAAUGAUGGCUCCUACCUGGUCAAGCACCGGCGGGUCCACACCGGCGAAAAGCGCUACCGCUGCCCAGUGUGUGGCAAAACCUUCAGCCAGACCUCUAACCUCAUCACCCACCAGACCACCCAUACUGGAGAAAAGCCUUUCAGGUGUGGGGACUGCGGGCGUAGCUUCAUCCGCCGGGCUCACCUGGCUGCCCACCAGCGCACUCACACCGGCGAGCGGCCAUACCAGUGUGCCCAGUGCGGGAGGUGCUUCUCCCAGCGCUCCACCUAUGCCCAGCAACGCCGCACCCACACCGGCGAGCGGCCUUACCGCUGCCCCGACUGCGGCCGGGGAUUCAGCCAGAACUCCAACCUGGCGGCUCACCGGCGCAUCCACACCGGCGAACGGCCCUACCAGUGUGGCCAGUGCGGCCGGCGCUUUAUCCAGAGCUCUGCCUUCACCCAGCACCAGAAGACCCACAAGAAAGGGCAGGACUAGGGAUGAAUGGAGGGGGCCGGCCUGGGGACAGCUGUGGCUCACAGGAAGCUGUGCCACUAGGCAGGUCUUCCUCACAGGAAGUUGCCCCACUAGGACACGGUCUGGUUUAUAGAAAGUAGAUCCAUCUAGUGAGCCUUAUUCACAGGAAGUUGUGUCACAAGGCAGGUCUCACUCACAGGAGCUUGUCCCAUUGGGUAGGGCAUCUCUGACCGGAAGUCACCCCCUCUAGCAUGGGUCUUGCCCACAGGAAGUUGCACUCCUGAGGUGGGCUCACUUUCAGGAAGUCACCCCCCCAUGCAGGUCUCUCUGACAGGAAGUUGCCCCCCUGUAGGGUGGGUCUUGUCCACAGGAAGUUGCAUCCCCAGGUAGGUCUUGCUCAUAGGAAGUCGCGCCCUGUAGGAAAAGUCUCUCUGACAGGAAGCUGCCCCCUCAAGGGUGUCUUGCUCACAGGAAGUUGCUCCUGGAGGACAAGGUCUUUCCACAGGAAGUUGCCCCUCAAAGUGUGUCUCACAGGAAGUUGCCCGCUUUGGGCAGGAUCUGGGCCAUGGGAAGCCAUGCCCUCCUGUAGGCCCUCGUGGUCCAUUUGAUGUAUGUUGGGGCACUGCCUAGGCCUAAUGGGAACCAGCUCACCUUGCCAACAUCGCCCCGUCCUUAGCUACGUUGCUAACUGUGGCUAACUUGCCACAUGAUUGGAUGAGAUUAGGGUGACCAGAUGUCCCGAUUUUAUAGGGACGAUCCCGAUUUUUGGGUCUUUUUCUUAUAUAGGCUCCUAUUACCCUCCACCCCGUCCCGAUUUUUCACACUUGUCUGGUCACCCUAGAUGAGAUCCACGAAGAUGCCUCAUUAUGUUAAUGAGGUCGCGGGUCUAACGAACCUCUUUAAUGGGGAACAUGGACUUUCUUCUAGAGAAUCUCUUCUUGAACAGUAUAGAGGGAGAUUGUGUAUGUCCUUGUUCUCCUCUCAUGGCUGGUCCACAAAAUAGGAUACAAGCCUAUUACAGCUGCUGGUGGAUGGAGUUAACGUGCUUAGUUCGUGAAGUAAAGGAUCGUGCUUUUAUCACCAGAAGACCCAAUGUUUGAACCCCACUGAUGACCCAAAACAGGGUCAUUCUACAAUUGUGCCAUAUUAAUGUGCUUAUUGACUGUGAGAGCUUCCUUCAUCGGCUUCAGAAGAAAGAAAUCCCUUUGAACAGACCAAGAUGCCAUUGGUGGGUUCUUCCAUAGGUCACACUACAAAUGGUGAUCCAUCUUCAGGUCUUGUCUAGCCACUCUUCUCCUCCUUGGCUGGAGGACUGGAUCUUACAGCCUCCCCAAUACUAUAAGAAACUGUUAGUUUCUACGUACUGUACAGAGAAACUUAACUAAGAGGAGAAAUUAAGGUCAUGGUUGAUAUUACAAAGGGCUAAUGAAUGAUUUGCAGAUGUUAUAAGGAUAUUACUGACAUGAGCAGCACAUGCUAUAGAUGGUUAUAAGCCAUAGUUCUUGGCUUAUCAGGACGGUAUAACAAUCAAUAAGCUAUUGAUCUAAACAGAGAUCUGGUUGUUUAUUAAUAAAUGGAACCUUUAAUAUUAAG